UGGUAAUGCUAAUAACUGCUGAUAGGAAAUUCGUGGCCCAAACGUGUUUCACAAACACAGUUUUUUUUCCAUAUGGAAAAAGUGAGCAGAGAAAGGAGAAAAAGAAAUUAAAAGAAAGUGAGAAACCAACAAAAGCGGGAAAACUUCGAAUUAGGAAAAAAAACUACCACACCACAAAGCCAAAGCCGCCCACACCAACAUUGUAUAUAAAUACUCUCUUCUUUCUUUUUUAGGGUUCAAAACAAAAGUUUCUCGUAGCUUCCACACAGUGUGGUUCAGGUUCGCCAUGGACGAUGUUAGGGCAAGCUCAGCUUGGGUCGCCACCCACUCGUCCCAUGUCGUCGUCGACUCCGCAGGGAUUGAGAAAGUUGUGGACAAUAUUGGGCCAAUCCCAAAAGUGGAGUGGGAUUUCGAAGGGAUUCACUAUUUUGAUAAUGGCCCUCUCACUGUUCAGUACCUGUUUGUUCUGGACGCUUUGAAUUUCUGUUUUUGGCCUGACAAGGAGCUCAAUUAUGAUCAUUUGGCCUUGGGGCUAAAGGCUGUUCUACAAAAUGACCAAUCUGCAUUUGAUGCAGAUCGCCUGCAAAAGUACACUGGUCCUCAAUUACGUGAGCUAUUGAAGUGGCCUAGACCACUUCCAUUGGAGGACGAAAGAGUUCGUUUACUUCAUGAGGUUGGCUGUGAACUGGAA